GUGGCAUUCGGCUCAGAUCGGAAAACAAGAUGUCCUUCAUUUUUCUACUUGCGAUAGUUUUGAGCGGCGCUUUGGGGCUGGCAAGAGCCACAAAGGUAUCGACCAACGGCGGCCAGCCUAUAAUCUUGGACACAGAUCUAUUCAGCGACGUUGAUGAUGUGGGCGCCUUGACAAUUGCAAACGUCUUCCACAAUUGUGGAUUGGCAGACCUGAGAGGCAUUGCAAUUAACUCGCCCUCUCACUAUGGAGCUUUAGGAGCAAGCGCCCUUUGCACAUAUUUUGACAACGAAGAUAUCCCAAUCGCCGCCUUCCGACCGCUCACAAACGAUACGUUCUUUGACAGCUUCUUUUAUUUAUAUGGCGAAUAUGUCAGCAAGUUAGCAUACAACUGGCCCAGAAAAGUCAAGGAAUCGUCUUUGACUCCAACACCAGUCGAAUUAUAUCGCACUAUUCUAAGCUCUGCCGAAGAUGAGAGUAUUCACAUCAUCUCCAUCGGCGGACUUAUCAAUCUCGCUGAUCUUUUAAAGUCUGAAGCGGACCAUAUAAGUCAUUUAUCAGGCUUCCAACUUAUCUCGGCCAAAGUUAGCGAACUAAUUGUGAUGGGAGGACAAUAUCCCUCGGGCUGGGAGUAUAAUUUUGGCGGUAUAGACCCAAAAAGCACCGCAGAAGUUGUUAACCAUUGGCCAAAGAAUGUUAAAAUCACAUACUCGGGUAAUGAGCUAGGUGGAAAUGUCUUCUCUGGCCAGAACUUUGCACAGCGAUUUUCUCCAGAUUCCCCAGUUCUCAGCGCCUAUCAAUGGUAUGUCGGCAGAGGUUCUACUAUUCGCCAAUCAUGGGAUCCCAUCACGACGUUGUAUGGUAUCGUAGGACUAGAAUGGCUCUCAAAGCUGAGACUUCGCCCAAUGCUUGCUUAUGCAAACGCGUUUGGCUAUAACAGCUUUAAUGCAGCCAAUGGUUCGAAUGCGUGGGUCAAUGAUACCGGCGUAACUAAUCAGCACUGGCUGCGCCUAGCAGACGGGGUAACAAAUUACACGAUGGCGAGACUGCUUGAUGAAAUUAUGACUCGUGACCCAUCCGCUGGAUGCUGUUUUCAACAUGAAAUGUCCGACGAUCUGUGAGGUAAAACAAUUACCAAGC